AUGCCGCGAAUCCCUACGGCGCCCACGCACCUGGCCACGGCCUGCCGGACCUGGAACCGUCUCCAGGAUCUCAAGGCCCAGAAGCAGAUCAGCCUGGAUGGAAACAGCCUGGACAUUGCGUCCGUCGUGGCGGUCGCCUACCACAACUGCAUUCCAGGCCUCUCCUCCGAUCCCCAGGUCAUCGAGAGCAUCACCUCCAGCGUGGAGGUGCUGAUGGACCAUCUCGACCACGGAUACUGCGUGUACGGUGUCAACACCGGAUUCGGCGGCAGCGCCGACUCGCGGACCGAUCGGGCGUCCGCGCUGCAGGCGGCCCUGCUGCAGCUGACGCAGGCCGGCGUGCUCGUGUCGGCAGACAAGGCGGGCGAGGUUGGGCCGUCGUCGCCGGGCCCGCAUGCGAUGCCGGCGGCGUGGGUGCGGGCGUCGAUCGUGGUGCGCGCUAACAGCAACGCGCGCGGCCACUCGGCCGUCACGAUCAAGGUGCUGGACGGGCUGCUGCAGCUGCUCAAGCACCGCAUCACGCCGAUCAUCCCGCUGCGCGGGUCCGUGUCGGCAUCCGGGGACCUGAUGCCCCUGUCGUACAUUGCGGGCGCGGUCGAGGGCAGCCCGGACAUCUACGUGCAGGUGGCCGACGCGACGGCGCCGGGGGCCAGCCCGCGCAUCAUGAGCGCGCGCGACGCGCUGCAGGCGGCCGGCAUCGAGCCGCGCACCAUGGGCCCCAAGGAGGGCCUGGGGCUGGUCAACGGCACGGCGGUGUCGGCGGCCGUGGCUAGUCUGGCCAUGCACGAGUCGCACCAGCUGGCGGUGCUGACGCAGGCGCUGUCGGCCAUGGGCGUCGAGGCGCUCAUGGGCACGGCCGAGAGCUUCCACCCGUUCAUCUCGCUGACGCGGCCGCACGACGGGCAGGUCGAGUGCGCGCGCAACGUGCUGGCGCUGCUGCAGGGCUCACGGCUGGCUGUCGGCGUGUUCCGCGAAAAGGACCGCAAGCGCGCCGGCCUCAUCCAGGACCGCUACGCCUGGCGCAGCGUGCCGCAGUGGGUGGGCCCGCAGCUCGAGGACCUGAUGCUGGCCGAUCGCCAGAUCUCCACCGAGCUCAACUCGUCCUGCGACAACCCGCUCGUCGACACCGUCAACCGCGAGAUCUAUUGCGGCGCCAACUUCCAGGCCGCCGCCGUCACCUCGGCCAUGGAGAAGACGCGGCUGAGCCUGCAGAUGCUGGGCAAGCUGCUGUUCGCGCAGAGCACCGAGCUGGUUGACCCCAACUACAACAACGGCCUGCCCACCAACCUGGUCGCCGACGACCCCAGCCUGUCCUUCACCAUGAAGGGUGUCGACAUCAGCAUGGCCGCCUACAUGUCCGAGCUGGCCUACGUCGCCCACCCCGUCAGCGCCCACGUCCAGACCGCCGAGAUGCGCAACCAGGCCGUCAACUCGCUGGCCCUGGUGUCGGGUCGCUACACCAUGCAGGCCGUCGAGCUGGUGUCGCUGAUGAGCGCCGCCUACCUGUACAUCGUGUGCCAGGCGCUGGAUCUGCGCGCCCUGCACCUCGCCUUCCUGGAGAAGGUCGUCCCGCGCAUCGCCGUCGUCACUGCUGAGACCAUCGGUGCCGAGAUGAACGAGGCCGAGCGCAAUGCCCUGUCGGCGGCUAUUGGAGACGCCAUCGCCACCGCCUGGCCCACCACCACCCGCGUGCCCCUGACGGAUCGCUGCACCAAGACCGUGCAGGCCGCUGUGCCCGCCAUCGUCGACGCCGCCUCGACGGCCAGCCUGCGUCUGUCCGACCUCAGCGCCUGGCAGAACCGCGCCGCCGUCGUCAUGAACCAGGUCUACCAGGAGACCGCCGACGCCUUCAUCGCGCAGCCCCAUACCGUGCAGAUGCUGGGUGCUGGCUCCAAGACGCUGUACCAGAUGGUGCGGGAGACCCUCCGCGUGCCCUUCCACCGCGGCUUCGUCGAGCACCCGACGAACCAGAGCACGGAGCUGGAUGGCCGCGACAAGAAGACGGUGGGCUCCUGGAUCUCGAUCAUCUACGAAUCCCUGCGCAAGGGCGAGCUCCAGGCGCCGCUGAUGACCCUCCUCCAGGAGGUGGCGUAA